AUGCGACGCUUUACACAAGUGAGAAAUUCAGUGUCCACAAAAACUACGUUUCCUACGACGACAUUAUUGGAAAAAAACGAACAUAUUACAGAAAAAUUACUGUCGUUGAUAAAGUAUGAAAGUGGUCGGCUUUUGUUAAUGACUGGUGCAGGUGUGAGUACUGAUUCCGGGAUACCAGAUUAUCGUGGUCCAAAAGGGACAUAUACUGUAAAUAAAAAUUAUAAGCCAACUUAUUAUCAGGAGUUUGCAGCCCAUCAUCAUAUCCGUCAACGUUAUUGGGCAAGAUCCUAUUUCGGUUGGCCACGGAUGCAAAGAGUAAAGCCAAAUUCAACCCACUUUGCCUUUGCAAAACUUCAAUCACUUGGCCAUAUUCAAGAGAUUAUAACACAGAACGUGGAUGCUUUACAUCAAGCAGCCGGUUCACACGAUAUUCUAGAAUUACACGGCACCUUACAUCAAGUUCAUUGUAUGCAAUGUGGUCACAUUAAUUCGAGGAUCGAUCACCAGAAAAUAUUGAGUGAAUUAAAUCCCGCGUGGGCUGAAUUCUUAGAACUUGUCGAGCACACAAAAGAGCGCCCAAGGUUAAAUCCUGAUGGUGACGUCGAGUUGCCUUCAAACGUUUCUUAUGAAACAUUCAAAUAUCCACCCUGUGAAAAGUGUCACCAAGGAAUUUAUAAACCAUCUUUGGUAUUCUUUGGCGGGAAUAUUAGUGAAAAUGUGAAAGAGCGUUCGAAUGAUAUGAUUUUGAGGAAUGAUUCUGUUUUAAUCGUGGGGUCUACGUUGACAACGUAUUUCGCUUUCAAACUAGUUAAAUUGGCCAAAGAACUGGGCAAGAAUGUCGGAAUUAUCAAUCUUGGCCCAACUAAGGGGGAUGAUCUUGCAGACUACAAGAUCGAAGCACACUGCGGAAAAGUUAUACCUGCUAUUGCAGAUUAUCUUUCGAUGGGACGUUGA